GUGAACGUGUGUGAUAACAAACUCACAGGUGCGGAAGGGUCCACUGGGAGCCGCCCUAGCACACCUUCCACGCAGCCUGCUUGCCCCACUGAGCCUCGUGUGGACUUUGUGCUGGGGGCUGAUGACUGCUGGGAAAUGGUGGACAAAGGUUGCCAGACAGAGGAGAACCCUGAGCAGGAGCCUGAUCCUGAACCCCGCAGCCUAGAGGAAUGUAUUGCUGUACUGCAGGGACAGGACGGUGCUCGGAGCCUGACAGAUGAGGAAGUGCUCCGGCUGUGCGAGGCCCACAAGCUGGCGGCCUACCGUCUCGAGCAAGCAGUGGGCAGCGCGAUGCGGGGCGUGUCCCUUCGGCGGCGGCUGCUGGAGCGGCAGGGGGCAUGUCCCCUGGAGGGCCUGCCUUUCCAUGGCUACGACUACACAGCUGUGCAGGGAGCCUGCUGCGAGAACGUGGUUGGCUUCAUGCCCGUGCCAGUGGGCAUAGCCGGCCCACUGCUGCUCGAUGGCCGGCAGUUUCACGUGCCCAUGGCCACCACCGAGGGUUGCCUGGUGGCCAGUACCAACCGGGGUUGCCGAGCCCUGUCGAUGUCGGGUGGUGCCUUCAGCAGUGUUGUCCAGGAUGGCAUGACCCGGGGACCUGUCGUCAAAUUGCCUACCGCACAACAGGCAGCGGAGGUGAUGAGAUGGUUGCAGCGUCCAGAGCACUUUGCACAGCUCAAGGUGGCUUUUGAUGGGACCAGUCGAUUUGCCAGACUCCAGAAGCUGCACACGAGCAUAGCAGCACGAUACCUCUUCAUUCGUUUUGUCUCGAUUACUGGAGACGCCAUGGGCAUGAACAUGCUUUCUAAGGGUGCAGAGAUGGCCCUUCUCAAACUACAGGAAGUGUUUCCGGCCCUGCAGGUGAUCAGUGUCAGUGGAAACUACUGCACUGACAAGAAGCCAACUGCCCUUAACUGGAUUGAAGGCCGAGGCAAGUCUGUAGUCUGCGAGGCCACUGUGCCAGCCCGGGUGGUGAGAGAGGUCCUCAAGACAGAUGUGCUGUCCUUGAUCGAGGUCAACAUCAGCAAGAAUCUAGUGGGAUCAGCCAUGGCAGGCAGUGUGGGAGGUUUCAAUGCCCAGGCAGCCAACAUCGUCACAGCCAUAUUCAUUGCUACGGGACAGGACCCAGCACAAAAUGUGACAAGUUCGAAUUGCCUAACAUUGGUCGAAGCCUGUGGUGCAGCAGGCCAAGACCUGUACAUCAGCUGCACCAUGCCUUCCAUCGAGAUUGGAACUGUGGGUGGAGGAACUGUGCUGGAGCCACAGGGCACCAUGCUUGAGCUCCUGGGCGUGCGGGGUUCAUCACUUGAAGAACCCGGUGCGCAUGCCUGCACACUGGCACGAGUGGUGUGUGCCACUGUGCUGGCCGGAGAACUCUCCCUGCUGUCAGCCUUGGCAGCAGGACAUCUAGUCAAGUCUCACAUGAGGCACAACAGGUCGAGUGUUAAUGUGGCUCAGUCGACAGCAACGGAAGAUGAAUCUCCAAGACCCAAGACCAUUGGAGGACUACUUGCCCCACAUUAGGAGCUGUUGCAUCAAUGACAACAAUGAGUGUUGAGUGUGUUGAAUAAAGUGGGAGCAAAGAUCA